UGUGGUCGCGAAAGUUAUACAUUCUUUUCAAUCGCGUUUUCUCUUGAUAUUAAAUAUCAUUUAAUAAUAGACUUAAUAAAAUGCCGAAAGAAGAUAAUAGCAAUAUUUUAAAGUUUGUGCCUCUAAAAUCUUUUGUGCAUUCUAAUUUUUGGUACAAAUUGGCAGAUGUUAAAUUGCAUAUAGAUAAACUCAGUGAUUCUCCGAAAGUAAUUCGAGCGUCCAUUAGCAGUGAUUCAAGCUCCCGAGUUGUUAUUGAGGUUGACUAUACGGCCUUUAAUGCUGCAACAAACACUAGCAGCUCAUUCUCAAACAUAGGCUGCGAUGGAAUCUUACUAAAUAAAAACACAAUAGAAGAAUUUAGAAAUACCGAUAAAAAUAAGCUGGUUAAACAAAUUAGCAGUGAAUACUAUCGUGAUCUAUUAUUAAAAGAAAAACUUCAUUGCAGUUCGCAGUUCAUGCUAUUCAUGAUAUUCUCCUUUUCGGACUUCAAAACAAACAAAUAUUAUUACUGGUUUGCAUUUCCAGUUCUACGAGAUCUUACUUACAGUUGCUUACAGCCAUGUUGUUUAUUGAAAACUAUGUUUAGUGAACUAUGUUUAUCUAAUUUUGAAGCGGAAUUAAGCAAGAUUGAUGUACCGUUUUUUAUCUACAAUACCAGGACCUAUAACAUAUUAAAGCUUACCGACUCAAUAUCACACAGCAAUAAAUCCAGCAAUCUUCUUAACAUCGAUUGGGAAGAAACAUUUUUCUGUUAUAAUGACUAUUCUACAGAUGAAAAACCGAGUUGGGUGUUGCGACAAUUUUUGGGCUACCUCUACAUGACCUGCCCGAUAAUAGCUGGUAAACAAAUCAAUUGCGUAUGUAUUCAUAAAGAUGCAAAAAGUAGCAUUGUUUAUCGCAUACAAAUGCCAAGUAAUGAUUUAGACUUGAAUGAAGCAUCUUGGAUUGGCUGGGAAGCAGAUGAGAACGGGAAAUUAUUACCAAGAAUCGCGGACAUGGCAAAAACAAUGGAUCCAAUGAUUCUUGCCAAAGAAUCGAUAAGUUUGAAUUUAACACUGAUGAAAUGGAGGCUACUACCGGAAUUAGAUCUGGAAAGUAUACGUAAAACAAAAUUUUUGUUACUCGGUGCUGGUACGCUCGGCUGCGGUGUCGCCCGUUCUCUAUUGGCAUGGGGAGCACAGCACAUCACAUUUGUAGAUUAUGGACGUGUUUCUUUAUCCAACCCUGUUCGGCAAAGUUUAUUCUUGUAUGAAGAUGCGUUAGAAGGAGGAAAGCCUAAGGCAUCCACCGCCGCGGAAAGAAUUAAGCAGAUUCAUCCUUGUAUUAAUUCUACAGGAUAUUGUCUAAAAAUCCCUAUGCCAGGACAUCCGGUUGGAGAAUCUCAGGCCGACGAAACCAAUGCUACGUUGGAUAUUUUGAAGGAUUUGAUAAAAACACAUGAUGUGCUAUUUUUGCUCACUGACUCUCGGGAAAGUCGAUGGCUUCCGACAAUGCUAGCAGCGUUUCAUAGUAAGAUGGUGAUUACGGCAGCACUUGGAUUCGACUCAUAUUUAGUCAUGCGGCAUGGGUCUAGAAAAUCUGUACCCAUCCCACCGAGUGGUAUAAAAGGAUUCAAAGAGAUACCCGGAUAUAACCUGGGUUGUUACUUUUGCAAUGAUAUUGUAGCACCCGGGAAUUCUGUAAAAGAUCGUACUUUGGACCAACAGUGUACUGUUACGAGACCGGCUGUAUCAAACAUCGCUUCAAGUUUAGCCGUUGAACUAGUCAUAGCACUGCUACAACACGAUAACCGAGAUGCCGCCCCAGCAUAUUAUCGAUUGCAGAAUUCUAAUGAUCCAGUUGAAAACAUUCCGGAAGGAUUGUUGGGAGUCUUACCUCAUUCAAUUCGAGGCAACAUUUGUAACUACAAUCAUCUCAUCACAGCCACGGAACAAUUCUCAGAAUGCAUCGCCUGUUCAAAGCAUAUAAUGUCAAAAUAUGACCAGGAUGGAAAUGCUUUUGUAAUGAGUGUCCUUAACUCUUCCACAAUUCUUGAAGAUAUAUCUGGAGUUUCAAAAUUGACCGAUAAUGCGACAGAAGAUAUAGAUUUUCUAACCGACGAUGAAUAGAGAAUAUUCGCAUGUUUCAUGUCAAGCUGGAGCCAGGUUCUCAAUUAGUCGAUUCAAUAAUUUAGUUGCUUUGUAAAUAAACUUUCAGCAGGGCGAUGAAAAGAUAUUAUUCUUAGCUAUCUUGAUUGUGCAUAAUAUUUAUAAAUAUGUAGUGGAUUAGAUUAGAUAUAUUACUUCAGAGACUUUCAGCCUGCGCCUAGUUCACCACUUAUAAAUAGGAAAUAA